AAAAUCCAAAUGGAAUGCUAAUUUGAAGCGAUAAAAUGCGGUUGCCUUUCACCGAGUGCUUGCUGAUGGUGUCAGUGUUGCUGUUUGGUCAGCUGAUCAAAAGUGCAUCCACCCUGAAGUUCGAGGAAUUACCUCAUUUGAUGAAUGAACAUGAGUUGAGUUUCUACUUUGGCAGUGAACACCGGCAGAAGCUUCCUCCGUUCGAGCUGUUUGCCCCCCGGAGUGAACCUAUAGAUGCGCGGCAACGUCCCGGGAGUAACCUUGUGUUGCGGGUGCCUUUUCAGGAUACCGUGCUGAACUUAAAUUUGCAUAGCCGAACUAGUCUUGUGACGGAUCGAACGAAACUUGUGAUUCGUGGUGAGAAUGGAAGCACGGAAGAGUUUGUCCAUCGGUCGAUAAAUGGUUGUCAUUAUUUGCAUGUGGACCACGAGUCAACGGCAGCUGUCACGAGUUGUGAUUUAGAAAAUUAUCACGGCAUUGUCUUCCUCCCGAAUCAAACCUUAGAAAUACAACCACUGAACAGUCGCCUUCGAAGUCUGGUCCCUCUGUAUGGACCAUUCAUGGUGGAGUCGCAAAAUCUGCACCUAAUCAAGAGGACUUCCUUCGAAGACGUGAUAUUCGCCGAUGACUUGUUGGUUCGUAAAAAUUUACCUACCCCACUGAAAAGUCCAGAAAUCCACCUACUAGGAGACACCCUGGAUCAAAACAAUUACACCAUCGAAGGCUUGGAGCAACUGGAUGGACAGACGGAAGAAAAUGCGAAAGCACGUUUGCGGCGUUUGACGAUCGAACUUGGUCUGUUCUUCGAUGAAGCAGCACAUCGAAUUUUUGCUCCUCAUUUCGAUGGGGAUGAUCAUCAGUUGAAAGAUUUUAUUCUGGCCUAUGUCAAUGCCAUUCAAGCUCUUUAUCAUCAUCCAUCGCUGGGCACCGCAGUGGAUAUUACGGUGGUCUAUCUGGAAAUAAUGAAACGCCAACCUGCGGCUAUGCCGCAUUUCAACGGUGAACGAGAGUCAUUGCUGGAUACGUUUUGCGCUUAUCAGAAGAGUUUGAAUAAUGCUGAUGAUAGUGAUCCCAACCAUUGGGAUUUGGGUCUGUAUGUUUCCGGGCUUGACUUUUAUGCAAUCGAAAAGGGACGCAGAAAUGGCGUUACAAUGGGGUUAGCCACAGUCGGAGGGAUAUGUAUCGACGAAUAUUCCUGCGUGAUCGCCGAAUUUGGAACGACUAGUAUUUUUGGAAAACCAUAUCCUUCCGCUGGCUUUACGUCGGUGUAUGUUUCUGCUCAUGAAAUUGGACACAGUUUAGGAAUGCAUCAUGAUUCAUCGGGGAAUAGCUGUACCAAGGACGGUUAUGUAAUGUCCCCCUCGCGAGGGACCCAAGGUGAAACGACCUGGUCUAGAUGCAGUGCGACAGCGAUUCGAGAGCUAACAUGGGCUGAUUGCUUAUUCGAUGCACCGGUAAAAACCAAAAAGGAACUUGAUGCUUGGAAAUUUCACGGCUAUCCGGGACAGGUAUUCACCGCCAAAAAGCAGUGUGAAUUAUUAUUGAUCGACAAGGACGCGAUUGCGGUUACUUCACCCAACAUGGAACGCAUUUGCCAAAACCUACACUGCCGAACACCGCAUCGCACAGGAUUCUAUUUUUCCGGCCCGGCACUGGAGGGAACUGACUGUGGCGAUAGUAAGUGGUGUAUUGGAGGAAGUUGCGUGAAGCAGAAGAAAAAACCGGUCAGCAUCGUUAAGGGAGGUUGGAGUGAGUGGGACAACGGCGAUUGUAACUCGGGUUGUCUCGAACAAUCGAAAGGAUUCCAGGAAAGGUCGAGAAAGUGUGAUAAUCCCAAACCGGUCAACACAGACGAUGGAUGCGAAGGAACUUCCGUCGAUGUGGUUUUGUGUGACGACGAGAAGCUUUGCGCGAACAAACGGCAACCAGUUGAUGUUUUUGCAACCAUUAAAUGUCGAGAGUUUAGUAAAUUAUUGACUAGACUGGAUCCCGCGGGCUUGGGAAUUCAAGGACCGUACGAUGGAAAUCGUUUAUGGAUGAGUUGUGCCAUAUACUGCAAACGGGCCGAUAGUACUGCAUACUAUGCGCCUCGUUUCGAUUUAAAUGACUUGGGUAUUGACGCAUACUUCCCGGAUGGAACGCAAUGCCAUAAAGAAGGAACAUUAAACUACUACUGUCAGCAACAUCAUUGUUUGCCAGAGAAUUUCAAAUCAUCUAAAAUCUCAAUCUGGGCACUGACGGAGGAUAUUCCCAUUCCAAACAAUGCACUUCCUAUACGAACGCGCUAUCUCGAUAACGAGUUAUUCAACUAUCUUUCGAUUGACCGUCAUGGGAAGCCGCUUAUCAAGAAGUGGAAUUAUCAUACCGUGCCGCACGAGGACGACGGUGAGUGGCCAGACAUAGACUAUCGGGAGCUACCGGAAGAGGUGAAACGUGCUGCCCACCGCCUACGCUAGGAGUAUUUAUCAUCAUAGUAAAUAAUUAAUACCCAAUAAAUUUCCCAGAUGGUCAGAAUCAAACUAUCGCGAUAAUGUUUGCUGUUCAGUCUGCGAGCGAGCUUCUUCACGGAGAUCAGCAAACAUUUGCGUGUUAAAUAGAUUAAUAUGUUCGUCAAAUAAUGAGAAGCUUUUUAUCACCAUUUGUGUGUUAUAUUUUCUGUUGCCGAUGGCAGUUUCAACUGCUGAGAGGCGGCUUAAAUUUCAGCCCGCAAAAAAAGAUAAUUUUUUUCGUUCACUAAUUACAUAAAUUAGUAAACUGAGAAUUUUCCUUUGUUUGCGUAAAUAACAACCACAAUUUCUGUCGUUGACAAUAAAAGCUACGUUUAAAGCUUUGACUGUCAGGAUGCAGAUUAGAAAGAAGGAAUUUAUCUAUUUAUGCCUUAUUUGAUUAGCUGCGUGUCAGUUAUGUUAGGUAUUACCUAUACAAUUUAUUCAA